AUGGCUUCUUCUUCGGCACCGCCGGCGCUGGCCGAGAGAGCGCACGCCGUGUGCCUGCCGGCGCCCGCGCAGGGGCACAUCAUCCCCAUGCUCGACGUGGCCAGGGUGCUCCACGCCCGCGGCUUCCACGUCACCUUCGUCAACACCGAGUACAACCACGCCCACCUCGUCCGCUCCCGUGGCCCCGCCGCGGUGGCCGGCGUCCCGGGCUUCUGCUUCGCCACCAUCCCGGACGGCCUGCCGCCGUCCGACGACGACGACGUCACGCAGGACAUCGCGUCGCUGUGCAAGUCCACCACGGAGACCUGCCUCGGGCCAUUCCGCCGCCUCCUCGCGGACCUCAACGCAGGCGGCCCGCCCGUGACCUGCGUCGUCUCCGACGUCGUCAUGGAUUUCUCCAUGGAGGCCGCCAGGGAGCUCGGCCUCCCCUAUGUCCAGCUGUGGACGGCCAGCGCCAUCAGCUUCCUCGGUUACCGCCACUACCGCCUCCUCUUCGCCCGCGGCCUCGCGCCGAUCAAAGACGUCGAACAGCUGACGGACGAGUACCUUGACACGCCGGUGGAGGACGUUCCGGGCCUGAGGAACAUGAGGUUCAGGGACUUCUCGAGCUUCAUACGCAGCCCGGCCCCGGACGACUACAUGCUGCAUUUCGCGCUCGGGAUGACGGAGCGCGCGGCCGGCGCGUCGGCGGUGAUCGUCAACACCUUCGACGACCUCGAGGGAGAGGAGGUGGCGGCCAUGGAGGCGCUCGGCCUGCCCAAGGUCUACACCAUCGGCCCGCUCUCGCUGUUGGCACCGCUCAAGGGCCCGAGUUCCGCCAUCAGCAUGAGCCUAUGGAAGCCGCGGGAGGAGUGCCUGCCGUGGCUCGACGGCAAGGACCCCGGCUCCGUCAUGUACGUCAACUUCGGCAGCAUCACCGUCAUGACCAACGAGCAGCUGGUGGAGUUCGCGUGGGGUCUGGCCAAGAGCGGCAGGCACUUCCUCUGGGUCAUCCGCCCGGACCUCGUCAAGGGCGACGCCGCCGUGCUGCCGCUGGAGUUCUCGGACGAGACGGCGGGGCGCGGGCUGGUGGCCUCCUGA